CCCUGUCGUCUGGCAUCGCAGGCGACAGUGUUGAUGAUGAUGAUGAUGACUAUGGAUGGCAAGGCUGUCUGUCAUUCACCUUGCCUCUCUCCCUUGGACUAGGGAGUUCAGACCAGCCUUCUUCCUCUGUCAACCAAUGUGUUGAUGCAAUCGAACCGUCUUGUCUUAGACCUCAUCCUCCUCUGCCCUCCUGCGGGUCUCGCUUCCCAUCCAUGUUCGGCUGCGUUGUCUGUUCGCGUCGUGUCGUGAGAGGACUUGGGUCGUCCGUUUCGUCAUCCUUAUUUCCCUCUCUUUCUUCCUCUCUCUCUCUCUCUCUCUCCCGCACGAGCUGGCGGAUCCGCGUUGGGAGAAAAGAGGGUCUUUGGGGGAGGUCACGCCCUUCCGCUCGGGUGCAGAGAGGGCCCGCGGGACGGCGCCAACGGCCCUGCACGACAUUUCGCAAAGGCGUCGUUCGGCCGAGGCCGGCAUCGUCGUGCGACAAGAGCACCACACCUUGAGCGACCACCCAAAUAGUAUGGAUUCUUCCUACGGGGGAUGCUCCUGCUUCUCCCCCCACCCCCUACACGCACACCCACGCCGUUGCCCACCCAUUGGGUCGAGUUCGAGUUCGAAUGGAGGGAGGGGGGGCUUCGAUACCUAAUGCUAGGCUCACUUGUCCCCCAUGCGAGGGAAAGCCGGUUGAUAGAGUCGUCAUCGAUUUCAGCUCUUGGCUUUGGCAUCGUUCGAGGGGCAUCGUGUAGAAUGUCGAGAGAGGGACGGUCUAGAGACCGGCGCUACCCACAGGCUGUUAAUUUUCUUUCUCCAUCUGGUGUCAGAGCCCAUCUAGUCGAGGGUGGGCGAGUCGAUGCAAGUGCAUCGGUUGAAGCCCGACGGGACGCUGUCCGAGCGAAGCGUCGGCAGAUCUGUCGUUCCACAGGGCUGGGAAAUACAUCUGCGCGCUCUCUUGUAUCCCCCUCCCAUCACUUUGUUCCUCCAUCGAGUGAUGGCGCCAGUGCAAGCUUUCCUAGGGACACCGAAAGACCGACCGAGAUGACCGACCGAUGCCGAUUCGAUCGGCGUCUCUGUGCCCCACUCCCUCCCUCCCUCCCUGCCGGGGCGCCGGGUGCGAGACUCGCUCGAGUUGACCGAGAAGCCCGCAAGCAGAGCGACCUCUGUCAGGGUGAGUGAGGGGAAGGGUGACGACGUUCUGUUAUCGAGGAAAGAGGGCGCGAUCGGCUGCUGGUUUUCGGGUUCUUCGUGAAGCAAGUUGCAAUGGCCGUAGCUAGUGCUUCUCUAAAAGCGCUGGAGAUCAAGGGAUGGGUUUUGUUCCUUGUCAAACCCGAAGUCUGUCUGUAUGUCUUGCGGCAGUGCCCACGGACAAUCACGGAGUUGGGGACGUCGGACCCCCAACUGAAGGGUCGCUGCGCCUGCAACUACUCCCGGACUUGCUCAGAGACUUGUCGGGCAUCGACAUCGCCUACGCCGUCUUCUGCUUCCCCCAUGUUCUCGAGGAAAAGCAACGUCUGAAUGGACUGGACUGGACACACCGGACGCAGUAGCUGCGUGAUCUUGAGACGAGAUCUUAUUGUUGUAUCGUCGGAACGGACGACGUUCCUGAACAACCACCACUACCACAACCACCACCCUUCCUCGAUUCUGCGGACGUCGUUCAUGCAGAGCGGGAACUUGGGUCUGUUCCUACCGCGCUCCGCCUGUCUGUCUCCCUUGCAUGGACUCCCCGGGCAACCUAUCUCUCGAUGGCGUCGACGUGAAGUAGUAUCCGGACCUUGAAGACUCAUCCUACAAAGGCCCUGGCCGUCAACGGGACAGACUUGACGCGCACUACCGUCUC